AUUGGGCCAAUUCCGGGUGAGAAGUUGUACCUGGCCGCACACCUGUUACGCAGAAGGGGGAACCAGCAGUGCGGAACUGGGCCAGCGCCGGGAUGAGAGCCUAGCCAGGGGGAACAGCUGAUUGGACAGAAGAUAACAGUAGGUUGCUGGGCCCCCAGAAGCCCGGUGGUUACGGGACACUGCCCCCCUGUGAAUUCAGAUCCUGCAUGGAGAUCCGAGGGUACCGGCGAAUAACAUGGAAGCUGGUUCUGUGCUGCAUUCUCUGCGUCCUGACCCUGGGGGUCCUCCUCCUCUUCUUUCACUGGAAGCCCCGCCUCUACGUGCUGCUCACCUGUCGCCACUGCCCCCUGGCUGAAGCCAAUUGGCUCGUUAUUAAGGAUGAAUUCGGCCAGAUCUCCAUCGCGGAAGUGCGAGUGGAACAGGGGAUGGAUGUGAGCCUUGGGCCCUAUAUGACCGGGCGACUGGGAAUAAACGGAGGGGGAAGCGUGAUCAUUGGGGUUGAAGACCAGGAGGAUUUCAAGGAUACCAUCCAGCUGCAUCACAAAGAGGAGAAUAAUGCGCUGCGGUACUUUGUGUUUGAGGGGAUGCGAUACGUUUGGAGCAACCGGACUCAGAACUUUGUCAGAGUGAGCUCAUUGGAUGAAGGGGUGACAUGCGGAGAGUUACACAAGAAGAAGUUCGGGCUGAACCAGACGGAGCACAAUACCAGGAAACAGAUCUUUGGAGCCAAUGAAAUCGACGUCCCUGUUAAAUCAUAUGGGCGGCUCCUAAUCGAAGAGGUGCUGAACCCGUUCUACAUCUUCCAGGUGUUUAGUAUUGUGCUCUGGAUGUGCGAUAAUUACUAUUAUUACUCCGCCUGCAUCCUCGUCAUCUCCAUCAUUUCCAUUAGCCUCUCCCUGUACGAGACCCGCAAGCAAAGUGUUACCCUGCGCAACAUGGUGAAGAUGCAAGUGAGCGUGAAAGUGCGGCGGGACACGGGGGAGGAGAUGUUGGUGAAUUCCCCGGAUCUGGUCCCCGGAGACUGUAUAAUCCUCCCCCCCGAGGGAAUCCUGAUGCCGUGUGAUGCAGCACUGCUGACCGGCGAGUGCAUGGUGAAUGAGAGCAUGCUGACAGGGGAGAGCGUUCCGGAGAUGAAGACCCCCCUCACUGAUGGGCCCCAGGCUGGCCGCACCCCGUAUUGCCCCGAGGAGCACAAGAGACACACCCUGUUUGGGGGGACGCAGAUCAUCCAAGCCAAGAGCUACCUAGAGAAAGAGGUGAUCGCCGUGGUAACAAGAACAGGUUUCUGCACGGUGAAGGGAAACCUCAUCAGCUCCAUCUUGCACCCCAAACCCGUCUCCUUCAAGUUCUACAGGGACGCGGUGAAGUUCGUUCUGGUUCUCGGUCUGUUUGCAUUUUUGGGCAACGUUUACACCAUUGGGAUCCUCAUCAGGAACAAGAGCACGGUUUCACGGAUCGUUAUACAAACCCUCGAUCUGAUCACAAUCAUCGUUCCCCCCGCGCUGCCGGCCGCCAUGACUGUCGGGACCAUCUAUGCCCAGAGCCGCCUGAAGAAACAGGGCAUUUUCUGUAUCAGCCCCCCCAGGAUCAACGUCUGUGGCAAAAUCAAGAUGAUCUGCUUUGAUAAGACCGGGACACUGACAGAGGAGGGGCUUGAUGUUUGGGGAGUCGUCCCAUUGGAUAACACUAACUUCCUUCCGAUAACCCAUGACCCCCGGUGCCUGCCUGAUGGGCCGUUUCUGCACUCCCUGGCAUCCUGCCACUCCGUCACCCUGCUGAAAGGGAGCCCCAUCGGGGACCUUAUGGAUGUGAAGAUGAUGGAAUCCACCAACUGGACGCUGGAUAGCCAGGACACGGACGAGCAGAUGACGGAACAUUUUGGAACCAAGGUUCUGGCAGUGAUGAAGCCGCCGCCCAUAGAUGAGCAGCCACAUGGGCCGAAACAUCACGUGCCGAUUGGUGUGUUACGGCGAUUCCCCUUCUCCUCCGCCCUCCAGAGAAUGAGCGUCAUCAGCAAACUCCCCGGGGACUCCCCCUCCCACCUCUACAUGAAGGGGGCGCCAGAGAUGGUGGCCAGUCUGUGCAAGAGCGACACUGUACCCCCGGAUUUCUCCGCCAUGCUGAAGCAGUACACUAAGGAUGGGUAUCGAGUUCUGGGCUUUGGGUACAAGACUCUCAGCUCGGUUAAAACCUUUGAGGAUGCCCAGCUGGUAGCAAGGGAGUCGGUGGAGCAGGACCUCUCCUUCCUGGGGUUCCUCAUAAUGAAGAACGUCCUGAAACCGGAGACGGCGCCCGUUAUCCACGAGCUGCGCAGGGCGAAUAUCCGCACCGUCAUGGUGACAGGAGAUAACAUGCUGACAGCGGUGAACGUUGCCGGGAGCUGCCAUAUUGUGGGGGUGACAGAGAAAGUUUACUUCGCCAGCGUGUCCCCCCCUUCCCUGAAUAAAGCGGCGAGCCUGAGGUUCAUCCCGGCAGACCCGGCGCCCAUGGAGGGGGCACAAGAGGCUCUGUACCAGCAGGGCGGCGCCUUCCUGGAUAAAGGCCCCUAUUGCUUUGCCAUGAAUGGGAAAUCCUUUGCUGCUCUGUGCGACCACUUCCCGGAUUUACUGCCCAAGAUAUUGGUUCGUUCCGCCAUCUUUGCCCGAAUGUCUCCGGAUCAGAAAACCCAACUGGUACAGAACUUCCAGAACCUGAAUUACUGUGUGGGGAUGUGCGGAGAUGGAGCCAAUGACUGUGGAGCUCUCAAAGCUGCUGAUGUUGGGGUCUCUCUGUCGGAUGCAGAAGCCUCGGUGGCCUCCCCCUUCACUUCUAGAACCAGUAACAUUGAGUGUGUCCCUGCUCUGAUCCGGGAAGGUCGCUGUUCCCUAGAGACAUCGUUUGUGAUGUUCAAGUACAUGGCUCUGUACAGUCUGACCCAGUUCAUUACUGCGCUGAUCCUCUACACUGUGAACACGAAUCUCGGGGACCUCCAGUUCCUGUACUUUGACCUGGUGAUCACCACCCUCGUGGCCAUCCUGAUGGGUAGAACUGGCCCGGCCGCUGAGCUGGGGAUCAAACGUCCGCUCGGCUCAUUGAUCAGUAUCCCUGUCCUGGGCAGCCUCGUCCUGCAAACCAUUCUCAUCCUGAUCAUCCAGCUCAUCCCCCUCUUCCUUGUCCAGAAUCAGAGCUGGUUUGUCCCAGUGAAUGUGACGAAUCCCCAGACAGUUCACCUGCCUAAUUAUGAGAACACGGUUCUGUUCUGCGUCUCCGGGUUCCAGUACAUUAUUCUGGCCGUGGUUCUGUCCAAAGGAUACCCCUUCCGGAAGGCGCUUUACACUAACGUGCCCUUCUUGCUGCUGCUCCUCGCCCUAUUGGCUCUCGGUCUCUGGAUCACAUUUGCCCCCCUCGACUUCAUGAAGUCCCUCCUGCAACUCGUCACUUACAGCGACAUCAACUUCAAGGGCGUCCUGGUCGGAUUGGCCGCCAUUAACUUUAUAGCAGCCUUUAUAUUGGAGAUGGCUUUGGAUUAUGGAUUCCUGAACUGCUUGAAGCGACUGCGGAAGAAAACGGGGCCCAAGAAGCUGUAUAAGAGAAUAGAGAAGGAGCUGGAGGGGCAGCUGUCAUGGCCGCCCAUAGAGCAGACUCUGCACCCGGGGCCCAUACAGACCCUCCCAGGCAGGUAGCAGGACCCCAGCGGAUAAAGGUUGUUCUAUAAGGAUAUGGGCAUUUGUCAGACUUUCAGAUUUGCACCUUAAACUGCCGGCGCCGGAGCUGCUUAGAGACAACAAUAGAUUUUUAUUCCAGUUCUUACACUUUGUUUUUAUGAAGCCAAAAUGCGGUUGUGUCUCUUGGGAGCCAGCAGGGCGGCGCUACGUGGGCAGCUUCACUCUCAGACUUUACCUGUUUUUGUGGCUAAAAUGCUGAACGUGCUGGAGGCGGGACUCCCAGACCCCGCCCCCGAGGUGCUGUUACAUAAAUCCGUUCUCCUGUAGUCCAUAAGGGGGUGGGGCCUAAACUAACGGAUCCCGCCCCAUGCGCCUCACACAUGGUUUACGGUUAUUGUUGGAAUACCUCAAGAGAAUUGUUAUUAUUAAUAUUAUUAUUAUUACUACUGAUUUGUGGGUCCCGCAGAGACGAAAUGAGCAGGAAAAUAGGGGGGCAAUUGGGAGGAGGAGGGCUCCGAUUGGCUUCCUUGUUUAGUCUGCAACUCCCAGCACCCUAAAAGCUUACUGGGAAUUAUUACAGUGGGUUUGGCAAGAGUCAGUGUUGGAAUCCCCUUAGUUUAAUGCUUACCAUCAGACCCCCGGAUCUUGCUGGGCUUCUGCCCCGUUAUAUGUUGCCUGUUCUAGUUCUGCAACAUCAUGUCAGAAAGCCAAAAUAGUGCCUUAGGCGCCUAGAGAAAUAAGGGGUUAAUUUGCCCCCACACAGGGGGACACCGAGCGCAACCUCUUUCCAGCAGGAAAUAUUUUUACUGUGCACAAUUUUCCUGUUGCUGGGGUCACUGGCCAUAGCAACCACAGAGGGGGCUGAAUGCCAUGUGGAGCAGAUGGAUAAUAAUCUAACAAUAAAGAGCAGUUGCAAAGUUGCUGAGGUUCCUCCUGUAUGAAGGUUUGGGCAGAGCUGCGGCUGUGUUCCGGGUGAGACCUGGUGCCCAAAGGGCAAUUCCUCCUGUGCCCAUGGCAGGCACGGGUGGCACUAGGUGGGCACCCAGUAGGAGUCACUUCCAUUGGCUGAAACAUGCAUAUUCUUGUUGGGAAGGGGUGACAAGGCAGGAAGGACAUUUAGAGUGGUGCAGGGCUCGGCGAGAGCGCCAUCCUGUGGCCUGAAGGGGAAACACGGGGGUAACGAUUCCUGUUGGGAGGAGGUGGGAGACGUCAGUGCAAGUCCUGUUUGUUAUGGAUCAGGGGUGGUCCGGUCCAGCCGGAUACCGGGAAGUCUUCAGAGUUGCCCCUCUAGGCUGCCCAACCCUUAGACCAGUAUUGCCCCCCAGAACCACCACUCUGCUCCGUUACCCACAGUCCCUGCAUGAGUCUCACAGCUGUGAUUCCUGCCCAAUCCCUGUGGGGCAGCAUCAGUAAUAGACUUAAGGGCGUCAGUAACAGGGUUAGGGGCAUCAGUAACAGGGUUAGGGGCGUCAGUAACAGGUUAGGGGCGUCAGUAACAGGUUAGGGGCGUCAGUAACGGGGUUAGGGGCGUCGGUAACAGGGUUAGGGGCGUCAGUAACGGGGUUAGGGGCGUCGGUAACAGGGUUAGGGGCAUCAGUAACAGGUUAGGGGCGUCAGUAACGGGGUUAGGGGCGUCGGUAACAGGGUUAGGGGCGUCAGUAACAGGUUAGGGGCGUCAGUAACAGGUUAGGGGCGUCAGUAACAGGUUAGGGGCGUCAGUAACAGGUUAGGGGCAUCAGUAACAGGUUAGGGGCGUCGGUAACAGGUUAGGGGCGUCGGUAACAGGGUUAGGGGCGUCGGUAACAGGUUAGGGGCGUCGGUAACAGGGUUAGGGGCGUCAGUAACAGGGUUAGGGGCGUCAGUAACAGGUUAGGGGCGUCAGUAACAGGUUAGGGGCGUCGGUAACAGGGUUAGGGGCGUCAGUAACAGGUUAGGGGCGUCGGUAACAGGGUUAGGGGCGUCAGUAACAGGUUAGGGGCGUCGGUAACAGGGUUAGGGGCGUCGGUAACAGGGUUAGGGGCCUCAGUAACGGGAUUAGGGGCCUCAGUAACGGGGUUAGGGGCCUCAGUAACGGGGUUAGGGGCGUCAGUCAUGGGGUUAGGGGCGUCAGUCAUGGGGUUAGGGGCGUCAGUCACGGAUUUAGGGGCAUCAGUAACAGGGAUAGGGGCGUCAGUCACGGCGUUAGGGGCGUCAGUCACGGGGUUAGGGGCGUCAGUAACAGGUUAGGGGCCUCAGUAACGGGAUUAGGGGCCUCAGUAACGGGAUUAGGGGCGUCAGUAACGGGAUUAGGGGCGUCAGUAACAGGUUAGGGGCCUCAGUAACGGGAUUAGGGGCAUCAGUAACAGGUUAGGGGCCUCAGUAACAGGGUUAGGGGCCUCAGUAACAGGUUAGGGGCCUCAGUAAUGGGAUUAGGGGCGUCAGUAACAGGUUAGGGGCCUCAGUAAUGGGAUUAGGGGCGUCAGUAACAGGUUAGGGGCCUCAGUAACGGGAUUAGGGGCAUCAGUAACAGGUUAGGGGCCUCAGUAACAGGGUUAGGGGCCUCAGUAACAGGGUUAGGGGCCUCAGUAAUGGGAUUAGGGGCAUCAGUAACAGGUUAGGGGCCUCAGUAACAGGGUUAGGGGCCUCAGUAACAGGGUUAGGGGCCUCAGUAACAGGGUUAGGGGCCUCAGUAACAGGUUAGGGGCCUCAGUAACAGGGUUAGGGGCCUCAGUAACAGGGUUAGGGGCCUCAGUAACAGGGUUAGGGGCCUCAGUAACAGGGUUAGGGGCCUCAGUAACGGGGUUAGGGGUGUCAGUCAUGGGGUUAGGGGCGUCAGUCACGGGUUUAGGGGCGUCAGUAACAGGGUUAGGGGCGUCAGUAACAGGGUUAGGGGCGUCAGUAACGGGGUUAGGGGCACGUGUGUCAAGGGCCACAGUAUGGGGCCCACUAUUUGCCCCAAAAUAGGUGUGAAUCUGUGUUUUAUAUUUGUAACUUAACUCUGCACAUCAAAUCCUCGGAACCUGCCCCAGUUCCACCUACAGUGGGUCUUAUUUAUUUAUUUAACUGCCCCCCCAGUUUCACACAGAAGGAGAGAGGAGGAGGGAAAAGGGGUUCGGGGGGUAGAGAGACAAAUAGGGAGAAUAAUAAAACAGGGAGACAGACGGGAGGAUAAAAUAACAGAGAUGGGGGGGGGGGUACAAUGUGAUUAUUGCCCCGGUGCUACAGUCUCAGUUAUUCAGGUACAGUGAGUUUUGCCCCAUCUGCCCCCAGUUACUCUGCUCUUUGCACUAAUAUGUGGGGUGGAUCUCCCAAUAUCGGGGGGGGGGGGGGGUGCUGACAUAGCUGGUCACAUGGUAUUUCUAAGAAUGGGGGGCCCUGUUCCUUCCUAAACUGUGCCUUUAAUUCAUUAAAAGAAAGAAAUCUGUUUCCUA